AAACAUUUAAGGCGGACCUCCCCUCCCAUCUUCUGCUUGCCAAAACCUCAUCCUGCUUGCCAAAACCUCAUCCUGCUUGCCAAAACCUCAUCCUGCUUGCCAAAACCUCAUCCUGCUUGCCAAAACCUCAUCUGCCCUUUGAUAGGAAGAUUCACUGCAUCAUGGGCGACAUAAUCGCUUAUUUGUUUCCAUUCCAAGAUGUCACCCAAACAGCACGCAGGGUGAUCAUAGACCCGGUCAACAGCCCGGAGGACUGCCCUCGGUACGUUGAAAUGUCACUACGAUCGCCCGGGCGGGAGCCCGGACUAGAGUUGAGGUAUAGCCACAAGCUCAAAGGCGGCCGAGGCAUUGUCUUUGGGACUGACCCAAGGACCUGCGACAUUGUCCUACCAGCGCUUCAAAACAGGGAAGGCCGACCUCUCGUCAGCAAGCAACAUUUCUACAUCACCUUCGAUGCCCAACGUCGACUGGUUUUGCGUGACUGCUCGACACACGGUACCACUGUCACGUACGACGGCAGGGGGAGCGCCAGCCGCAGCAACUCCGAAUGGGUCAUAGGCGGCGACAUAGUCGCCGACAGCAGCAAUCAAAUCGUCAUCGAAAUUCAUCCAACACUCAAGUUCCAGAUCGUUGUCUCCAGGAUUCGUUAAGACCUGGGUCUGUUCUUCAACACCGUCGACCAAUUUCUCAAGGACAUCUGCCACGAAUUAAUGCCACCGGCUACUUUGGGAGAGCGUGAGUUCAAAAGCUCCCCCUAGCAGCAGAGACACCCUUAUCCAAAGGCCCAUUCUUCUGAAGCGAGAAUUUCUAGGCGAACGGUUGUACGGAGUUGUAGAUCGUGUCUGGGACGUUAGUACCGGGUUGGAUUAUGCUGCCAAGACGUUUACUAGCUCGAAAGAUAUCGAAUGGAGAAAGGAGGCGAGUGUGAUGCGUAAUACAUCGUUUGUAGGCAUAAAUACCGCUGUAGCAACUAUUGUACUUGUGUUUUUUCUAGAA